AUGUUCUUCACUAAAGCUCUAAGAUCUACUGCUACUAUUGCUAUGAACCAUGCCACUCAGACCACUACCAAGACUGCUGUUAGAUCUGGGAGAAGAGUCGGAGAAGCUUGGGCUGUCACUGAAGCCAGAAGAUUGGGACCAACCAUUCUAAUGUACGGUACCUUCAUCGUUUCUGUGUUAGGCUGGCCAUUCCUUGUCAGAAAGGCUGAUAUGGAUAUUGGAAUCCACGGGAUGAAGCAAUAA